UCUCUCUCUCUUGUAUUCUUUCUUUCUAGAAACAAUAAAAACACAGAAAAAAUCUGAAUUUGGAAAAAGGUUGGUGCAUCGGACAAGUUUCUGAGUUGAAUCAGUUCCGCCCGUGAACCAAAAAAGAUAUCUCUUACCACAAAACUCACCUUUUCUUCCAUGACCAUCAAAACUCUCUCACUUUCACUCCGCAUACAACGGUUCUGAUUUGCCUCCAGUUCCCCACACAGAGAGAAGAGUGAAAAUCGCGAAUGGGGACUCUCUGUUUCCCUCUAUUUGCGAUCAUCGCAAUUUUUUGGGGAGUAUUAUUAGGAGCAGCAUCAAAAACACAUGUUGGAGAUGCAGAGGUUCUGAAGGAGCUGAAGCAAGGUCUGGACCCAGCUUCGGUGAAGCCAGGCUCGUGUGUGAGUUCCUGGGACUUCACCGUGGACCCAUGCGACAACCUUUUCGGUGAGAAAUUCACGUGCGGCUUCAGAUGUGACGUCGUCGUUUCGGGGCUGAGUCGAGUCACGGAACUCACAUUAGACCAAGCUGGUUACUCUGGCUCCCUCUCCUCCUUCACUUGGAACCUUCCUUAUCUACAAACUCUCGAUCUCUCCAACAACUACUUCUCCGGUCAAAUUCCAUAUUCCUUCUCAAACCUCACUCGUCUGAGCCGACUCAGUCUCUCGUUCAACUCGUUCUCCGGCGAGAUACCCUCUUCCCUAGGCACACUCUCCGACCUCCAAGAGCUUUAUCUCGACAACAACAACCUGCGAGGAGCAAUCCCAGAAAGUUUCAACCACCUGGCCAACCUUAAAAGACUCGAACUCCAGUCUAACAAACUCAACACCCACCUUCCAAACUUGGAGUCCCUAAGAAAUCUCAAAUUCCUCUACCUCAGCGACAAUUUCAUCGCCGGAGCGUUGUCGGCGUCGCUCCCUGUUUCCUUGGUUCAGAUUUCAAUCAGGAACAACAACUUAAGCGGUGUCUUACUUGGUGAAAGUUUUAAGAGCUUGAGGAGGUUGCAGGUGGUGGAUUUCAGCUCCAACCAAUUGAGUGGCUCUGUUCCCUCUGUUUUCUUCGAGCUUCCAUCGUUGCAGCAAUUGACACUAUCCUUCAACAAAUUCACGAAUCUCGAGGCACCUUUUAAGGGAGUGGAAUCGCAGAGUGGACUUAUAGCGGUUGAUCUGAGCAACAACAGGCUUCGGGGUUUUUUGCCGUCGUUCAUGGCGGUGAUGCCUAAGCUUUCGUCGUUGUCGUUGGAGAAUAACGAAUUCACGGGAAGAAUACCGACCCAGUUCGGUGUGAAAACGGUCUUUCCCGAAAAGGGAGUGUCUUCGUUCGGGAGGCUUCUGUUGGGUGGGAAUUACUUGCUGGGAGGGAUACCUCGACCCUUGUUAGCGCUGAAACGCGAUUCUGCGAACGUGAGUUUGGUUGGUAACUGCUUAUACAGGUGCCCUCAUAGUUUCUUUUUCUGCCAGGGUGGUCAACAGAAAUCCUUGGCACAGUGUAAUAGAUUUAGCCCUCCCUCAACUUAACUUCGUACACGAAACCUCUUUGAUUUUCACUUCUAGAUUCUCUCUUUUUUUAAAAUUUUUUUUGUUGAUUUAUGGUUAGGGAUCUUGUCUUAAAUCUUAAAUGCGACACAAUCAUGAGAGGGUUUGGGUCAA